GUCUUUUGGUUUUAUCGGCUGUCAGUUCUAUGCUUUCUUCGUAUUUACCGGUGCCGUAUGCAACAUCACAACUUACUGUUUUCUCGGAGUAUACCGUUAUGUUAUGUUCAACAGUCCGACAUUCGAGCACAUUCGUGGUAAGAAAAUUGGAAUUUUCAUAUGCCUCACAUGGUCUUACGCCUUUCUUUGGGGCUUUUGUCCAUUGGUUGGUUGGGGAAGGUAUGGCUUGGAACCGUUCGGAACCUCCUGUUCCAUCGAUUGGACAGAUAAAUCAGAGAACAACCGCUCCUAUAUUAUGUCCGUAUUUCUCUUUAUUCUGGCUAUACCUUUUGCCAUGAUUAUCAUCUUUUACGCCAAAAUUUUCUUCAAGAUCAGAAAAACCGUCUCCGCUGCCGUAGAUUGUGAUCCUGGUGUCCCCAUCAGAGACCCACGUCAUGGUGUAAAAUCCGAAAGCAGAGCCAUACAGGACACCAUUUUGGAGAAUAUAACGAGAUCAGUGGUCGUAUUUCUCAUCGCAUGGACACCCUACGCCUGUCUGGCAGUUUUGUUGACAUUUAGGCUUAAUGUUUCUGUUUAUUUCCUACUCGUGGCAGCGCUGCUUGCAAAGACACAGUGCGCAGUCAAUAUUUUCGUGUAUGCUUUGGGAUUUUCAGAUUUUCGUAAAGAACUAAAACGCUGUUUUCGUACUAGGAUACAAUAAUCGCGCUUUCUCAGAGAAAUUAUACCAAUUCUAUUAAGUAUGAGCUAAUAGUUCUUAAUUAUAUCACUCCCUACACAAUAAACGGAUCACCGAUACCUUUACCUUCACAACUAAUGGGAAAGGGAGUGAUAAUGGGCCUCAUUUUCCCAUGCUUCUUGAUACUUUCGAGAUAAAUUCUCAAAUACAAUUGAAUCGAUCUACGUUUAUUUUAUUAGUCAUCAAUCAUACGGUAGUUUUAAUUUUUUGUUUAAUGUUGUGAUUUGAUCCUAC